GUCUGAUCAACAACUCGCCCUCAACCACUCCGGCUAUUCCCCGCCUCUGUUCAUUGAUGUUGCUUUCACAAACCUCCCCGUCCUCCGUCUCUUCCCUCCGCCCUCUCGAUACCAUCGUGAAUUGAUCGUCCUCUUCGCGCCCUUGCGCCGACCGAAUCUUCACCUCGCCGGGGAGCGCGACGAAUCGCCAAAGCUUCCCACGGGCUUCUCAACCGGCAUCAUGUCUUAUCCAGACCUCACGCCGACCCUCACCCCUCAAAAGCCCUUACCCGGUGCUUACUUUCAGACUCCUGCACCCACCGUGGCUGCGGCCGCGCCUAGUUUCUCGCCAAAGCCUGUCGCGGCCCCCGCGGAGCAACAUGCAGCUUCACCGGUUGCGCUUCCCAGACUCCCCCCAGCCACGUUCAAGCCCAAGACUCAGGCCUUGAGCACAGAGGAACGUGCUGCAGGAACAGUUAACGACACUCUUGUUCAAGAAGCCCGUUAUCCUGACUUGGAUAGCUAUCUCUCCCAAGGUAUCUCGUCUGACUACGAUAUACCCGCCUCACCAUCAUGGGCUCCCUUUCAGAAAGUGAAGAUGUACAACAUCCCAGAUCAGAUCUUCGACCAAUACAAUCGAGCGCAGGUGUCGACAAGCAUGGGACUCUUCGCCGAGUUGAACCACGCCUGGGUUGCCAUUGACAAUGCACUCUACAUCUGGGAUUAUACGCAUCCUAACCCUCAGUUAGUUGGUUUUGAAGACCAACCGAACAGCAUCAACACGGUCAAGCUGGCGAAACCCCGAGCUGGUGUGUUCUUGCCUUCAAUCACGCACAUCCUCGUAGUAUCGACAACGGCAGACGUCAUUUUGCUUGGUAUGGGUUGUGAGACUACGGCUGGAGGCGCGCGGCAAGUCACAUUAUACCAGACGGGCAUGUCAACGUCCAUUCGUGGCUUGGAUAUCCAUGUCAUCGCCUCCUCGGACUCGACCGGUCGCGUCUUCUUCGGUGGCACUUCGGACAAUGACGUUUACGAACUCAUCUAUCAGCAGGAGGAGAAAUGGUUCCAAGGUCGUUGCUCGAAGGUCAAUCACACUAGCUCUCGUCUAUCUGCAUUCACGCCGAGCCUGAGCUUUACGCAAAAGUCAUUCGAAAAUGUGGAGCAGAUGGAAAUCGACGACACAAGAAAGCUACUGUACACGCUAUCAUCUUCCUCCACCAUUCGCGUCUUCCACAUGAAGCCAGAUGGCAGCCUUGCUUUGGUGAUCACGAAGCCAGCCCUCGACAUCUAUGCCAAUAUCGGACACAUUAUCGCGUCUAAUGAGACCCUUAACCCCAAAGUUCCCAUUGUUUCCAUCAGUCCCAUCCCAGCCGCCGAGGCCUCUAGGUACCAUUUGAUGGCCACAACUGCAACAGGCUAUCGCAUUUAUCUUAGCGCCACCGGCUCCUUCACCUGGUCUUCUGCACCGAACGGCACCAACGCACCUACAAGUAUGCAGGCCCAUCAUGUCAAGACGCCGCCGUAUGACGGUGCUUCCGCUGCUCAACUCCCUCCGAGCCUUCAAAACCAACCGCGUUUCCAAACCACAAUCACUGCCAGAGUGCCGAUCAACACCCUGCAGCCUACCAGAUUCACUGUUCGAUACCCUCCCGGUUAUUUCCUCUGCUUUACAUGUAAGGACUCCACGAACAAGUCGGACACACUCUUCAUUUCGGCUCCGGAUUCGGGGCGCGUUGCUCGCUCUCAGGAGAGCGUUAUUCCUGGAAAGGCUGGUGAAACUGCUGUCUGGCUCUCUUUGGGCAGCAGGGCUGAAGACGUGGGUCUCUGCUCUCCUACUACCCCAGCCACGAGCACUCCUGGAGGAUUCGGAAACGAACUGGCCGUGCAGUUUGAUAAUCCGGCGGCUGAGAUCGCCAUUCUGACCAACACUGGCAUCCACGUUAUUCGGCGAAGGCGUCUUGUUGAUGUCUUCGCGGCGUUGGUGCGUAGUGGUGGUACCGGCGACGAGGGAUUGGAGGGCGAAGUCAAGAACUUCAUUCGCACCUAUGGCCGGAGCGAAACGCUUGCCACCGCUCUUGCAGUCGCUUGCGGUCAGGGUGUUGAGAUCUCCUCUGAUUCACGACUAACGCAAAUCAAUGACCCCGAUGUCCUGGAGUUUGCACGCAAGGUCUUCAUCGAGUACGGUGGCCGACCGACGAUGAAUGAGAAUGCCGUCGCCGAUAGCACCACGCUCGCUAUUGACGCAGUCGUUCCGUCCCCGCGUCAUGCAGGCAUUGCUCUCUACAUCUCUAGGCUGUUGCGGUCGAUCUGGAAGAAGGAGAUUGCGAAGGCUGGCAUUGCCCCCAACGGUGCUCAGACGGUCGCAUCUUCCGUUUCUGCUUCCAAAUUGCAGGCGGUGCAGAGGGAUCUUCUGGCUCUGCAAGAGUUCUUCAAAUCGAACAAGAGCUUCAUCGAAGGAUUGAGUGGCCCUGAAGCUUUGACGCGGGUGUCCACAAAGCAGGAGGAAACUGCCCUGCAGGCGGAGCACCGCGCCCUCCAUUCUUUGGUCCAGCUUGUAUCCCACACGAUCGAGGGUAUCUCGUUUGUCCUGGUUCUUUUUGACGAGCGAGUGGAUGAAAUCGUGGCAUCUCUGCCGGCCGAAUCAAAAGAGCGCUUCCUGAAGCUUACUUUCGAGGAGCUCUUCAGUACCAACAAGGGUCACGACAUGGCCAAGGAACUCGUGAAGGGAAUCGUCAACCGCAACAUUGCCAAGGGUUCUAAUGUGGAAACGGUGGCCGACGCUCUCCGACGCCGUUGCGGCAGCUUCUGCAGCGCUGAAGAUGUAGUGAUCUUCAAGGCCCAGGAGCUUCUGAAGAGAGCUACCGAAGCCGGUUACAACUCGGAACUUGGUCGCAACCUGCUCAAUGAAAGCCUUCAUUUGUUCCAGCAGGUCUCUGACAACUUGCCCAUGGAUUACCUGAUUUCCGCGGUGGAAAGCUACAUUUGCAACCAGUUCUUUGCCGGCGCGAUCCAGCUUGCUCUCAAUGUUGCUGCUCGCUCAGACAAGGCCAACAUGGCACUUUCAUGGAUCGUCGAUGGGCGACCAGAGGAGGAUACCCGCAAGGACUAUUUCUACUACCGCAAGCAAUGUUAUGACCUCAUCUUCAAGGUCAUCCUCGCCGUUGACACCCUCGCCGCUCACGAUCCCGGCGUUGUUGAUGGACAAUUGACGAUAAUUGCCAAGCGCAAAAAUGAGGCAUAUGGUGUCGUUUCCGACUCGACGGAUGAAGUAUUCUUGACGAGUUUGUACGAUUGGUAUCUGGAGCAAGGCUGGAGCGAUCGACUGCUGCAAACCAACUCGCCCUUCGUUGUGACCUACCUUGAGCGUAAAUCAGCAGACGACCUUGCUCACGCGGAUCUGCUUUGGCGGUACUUUGCUCAGUCGCAGCGGUUCUUUGAGGCAGCCAAGGUACAACUGGAUCUGGCUCAGAGCGCGUUCACCCUUCCUCUCAGCCGUCGCAUUGAGUACUUGGGCCGAGCCAGGGCCAACGCCUCCACAUUCACGCCCGACACUAGCCGACAAGCCCGACAGCGACUGGUGCAGGAAACUUCCAACCUUAUUGACAUUGCGAACAUCCAGGACGAUCUCCUGCAACGCCUAAAGGACGACAGACGUCUUGCGCCGGAACGCCGGGCGGAAGUUCUCAAGGAUGUGGACGGACCCAUCAAGGACAUUAGCACUCUCUUCAACCAAUACGCCGACCCUGCAAGCUACUAUGACAUCUGUCUCCAGAUAUUUUUCCUGGCCGACCACCGUAACCCAGCCGAUAUCCGAUCGACCUGGCAACACCUCCUUCAAGACCUGCACGAUGAGGUCCUUGAACGGGGUGAGCCCAUCCCUUACGAGGCUGUAAUCGACAAGGUCCGCAGUUUGGGCAGCCGUCUGCGCAUGUCCGAGUCUGUGUUCCCGAUCCCCAUUCUCCUACCCAUGCUCGAGCGCUACGCCCUCGAACACCAGCGUGGUGUCGGUCCUGCAACAUGGGUCAUUGACCUCUUCCUCGAUCUUGGCGUCGCCCACGAGACUCUCUACGCCGUCCUCGAAUCCAUGUACUACACCGAUGAAGCUCCCUUCCAAGGUUCCAACAAGAAGUACAUUGCCAAGGAUCUCCUCUACCUGAUUGAGCACUGGUUCCACGACACGGUCCGUCUCGGCGGCGUCGUCUUCGGAAGCGACCUCGUCGCUGAGCGCAUCCUCGAAACCCUCCUUCUCCUCCAGCAGGGUGGUAUCACUCCGGAACAAGUCCAGCUGGCACAAGAACUGAGGACGAGAAUCGACGAUAUUCUGCGGUGAUUUGUCCGUCCCACUGGUUCCCCAAUUUCAUCGCCUCCCCGCCCCCCUCCUUCACGUAUAGCAAUGCAACCUAAACUCACUUCGAUUAUUUAUUGUUCUGUUCUGUUCUGUUCUAGUCCUGGGCGCUGGAGUUUCGUGUAUUUUCUUUCGUUUUAUUUUCUUUAUUAUUUUCAAUUUCUUGCAUGCAUGCAGCAUCCAGAGAGUCAUGUCGCGUCCAAUCAAGUGAAGAGAAGUGAACUGAACUGAAGUGAAGUGCCAAAAUAAUCUCAUCAUAUACUAUAUCAUUUCCAAAGCCAUCUUUCUGCCUUCCUUUCCUCCCCACUUUCCUGUCCAUUUUCUGGGUAUGAUCAAAGGUGUACUAUUAGUACUACAACUGGGUAUUAAUCAAUGUAAU